UGCGCGCACCUGUCGUCACUUAGCAACUACACGCCAUAACUAUUUUGAGAGGCGAAAUGUUGAAAACAUUUACUAAAUAGUUAGAAAACAUAGUAAUUCAGCAACAUAUGUCAACGUAUUUAUAAAAUAAUUUAAAUGUAGAUAAUAUGGAACAUUUACGAUUAAUUUGGAAGAAAUGUUACGCGUUAAAGAUGUCUAACGUUGAGGUUGAAUAGUAGAUCGAAAAUCAUCAAGAUAAAAAUUUACUUCCGGUUUUAGAAAAAAACAAAACUCAACAUGCCAAUUGCUCAAGGAAGACUGGAGGUUCUCCAGAUAUGUAAACUAUUGCAAUGUGUUCGGGAAGAAGACAAAGAUCAAAUCAAAAAGAUGACGCAGAAUGGAGUUCCACACUUAAUAAACUACAAUGAACCGGAAAAUGGUGAAACUGCUCUUUCAGUUGCUGCAGUUCAAAACAACGAAGACAUGAUUAACUUUCUUAUUGAACUAGGGGCUCAUCCAGAUGUAGUUGAUAUGAAAGGACGAUCACCUGCUAUGCGUGCAGCGGAGUUUGGACAUGUCCAAUGCCUUGAGUGCCUUACGGAUAAAGCUCACGCUGAUAUGAAACUGGUUGAUCUUGAAGGAAAAUGCAUAAUACACUACUGUCUCCUGGCAACCCAGCGUCAUGAAGCUUGCCUAAAGAUAGUUCUAGCAAAGGGCGCUGAUGUGAAUACAAAAGCAAAUGAUGGGAAACCUGUUUUUCAAUCAGCAUGUGAGCAGGGCCCUGAUAUUGAAGAGAUGGCGCUGAUGUUGUUAAAGAAAGGAGCAGAUCCAAAUGGCCUGCAUGAGAAAACACAGAGAACAGCAUUAAUGGCUGCUGCCGCAAGUGGAUGCCAUAAAAUUGCCAGAGAAAUAAUGGAACUUGGUGGGGAAAUUGAUGUCCAAGACAAACUUAAAACCCAUGCAGCACACGAGGCUGCCAAAGGAGGCUUCUUUGAAGUUCUUGUGGCCCUUGCUGCUUAUGGCGCAAGAUUUGAUGUCAUUGAUAACAAGGGAAACACUCCACUUCAUUUUGCUGCUAAGAAUGGGUUUGGCCCAUGUUGCAAAUUCAUUGGCCAAAGAGGCUGCAAUCCCAAAAUUAAGAAUGGAGAAGGUGACCUUGCCAAAGUUUUAGCCAAGGAGGGUAGCCAUAAAGAAGCCGGAAAAGAACUCCGCAAAGUAGAAAAAGCAUUUGGAAAACCAGGAAAAAACAAUGAACCUUCAAGCAUUAAACUUUAUGAUUUUGUUUAUGCACGUCAAGAGCAGUGUCUUCGUACUUUUAGAAAAGUUGACGUGGAUAGCCUCGGUACGCUUCCUAAGGAUGAAUUCAUUGACUGUUUACAAAAUAUGGGUGCUCCCAUGCCACCUGAAAAAGAUAUGGAUAAAAUAAUCGGAUUACAUGACAAGAGCCGUGAACCUGUGAUAAACUACGAAGAGUUCAUAGCAUCUAAAAAAUACAUAAACAAGUUAUACCUCAUGAGUGCAUUUGAGGGAAAAAAGAAAAAGAAAAAGGGCAAAGGUGGAAAAAAGAAGAAAGGAAAAACGAAGGUUUUAAUGCCCAUAUGUUAUCAAAAUGACGGCCCGAGGAACGUGGAUGGUGGGCCCCCGGAAGUCUUUAUAGAGCAGCAUAUUCAUUUUACAGACAAUAAUAGAUUUAAUCGGGACGAGCCACCAACUCAUCCACUUCAGGAUGACUCUGCCUGGUAUUUAGCUCACCCUGAAAAACGUUAUUUGAACAUUAACGAUUCUACCAGGAAUGGUGAUAUUGACUCUUUACGCGAAGCAUUUUCUAAAGGGACGCCAGUGGAUACACGAGACAAGUAUUAUAAAACACCAUUGAUGAUAGCAUGUUCCUUGGGAAAUUUGCGAGUUGCCAAAUUCUUAGUGGAAAGUGGGGCAAACAUCAAUGCUAAGGACAACUUUAAAUGGACAGCUCUUCAUCAUGCGUGUCACUCUGGGAUGGUAGACUUAGUAGAAUACCUUGUUGACCAUGGAGCUGAAUUAGAUGCAACAACGAUGAAUGGUGGAACACCAUUGAUGCGGGCAGUCGAGAGCUCAAAGCUUGAUGUUGUCCAAUACCUUAUCAACAAAAAUUGUAAAAUGCAAGUUGAGAAUCGUAAAGGUCAAAACCCAUGUGACCUGGCAAUGGCUUGGGCGGACCCGCGUGUGUAUGAGGCUGUGCGUCUCAAGUGGGACACUCUCGCACCACCCCCAGAUAAGAAAAAGAAAGGAGCAAAGGGAGGCAAGAAGGGACCCAAGAGACCGGGGACUAAACCCCCAGGAAGUGCAGGAUCACCAAAUAAGCCAUUGCCAUCAGAAAACCGUGAUCAAAGUCCCUUAAUGGAGGCCCAGAAUCGUCAGAGGAAGGGUUCCAUCCUUCGUGCCGCAUCAGCCCUAGCAGGUGGUCUCGAGGAGGAAGAAGACAUCACAUACGUGCCUCUCCAUGCCUGGACGAAGCAACAAAGAACCAAUGAGCUCAUCAACGAGAAACGUGUCAAUCGGGAUAGAUUUGGCUAUGAGGUUGAUUUCCCAGAAUUCAAAAUGCCAUUUCGUCAAAAUUAUUCACGAGGUGUUGAGGUUCAAGGAGGAUUUGAUGAUGAUUAGACGUUUUGUUCAUUUAAAACUUUUGACCAAUUAAAAGUAUUUUUCUAUACAUUGUUAUAAAGACAUAUUGCUUG